CGGGCGGGGACGCGCCGUCUCCCUGGGUGCAGGCGGAGGAGCACGACCCGGAACUGACCGCUGCGGAAAGAUCGACCCCAGCUCGGGAUUCGCGGCCCGGAGCCGGGGACCGUAAAAACACUGGUGUCUCCAGUUCUACCUGGUUCGGUGGAAUCACAGCCAGCUUCCGGUUUAUUGAAGGGUUAGAGGACCUGUCCACCCUGAGCAGAGAUGAAUGGCUGCUGGUAGAAGGAGGAGAAGUCCCAGCCGGUGAACAGGGCCCCUCUGAGCUCGGGACACCAUGGCCGCGUCGGCACCGCUGCGGAGUCUGGAAGAGGAGGUGACCUGUUCCAUCUGCCUCGAUUACCUGCGGGACCCAGUGACCAUUGACUGUGGCCACGUCUUCUGCCGCAGCUGUACCACUGACAUCCGCUCCGUCUCAGGGGGCCGCCCCGUCUGCCCCCUGUGCAAGAAGCCAUUUAAGAAGGAGAACAUCCGGCCAGUGUGGCAGCUGGCCAGCCUGGUGGAGAACAUUGAGCGGCUGAAGGUGGACAGGGGCCGGCAGCCGGGGGAGGCGGCCCAGGAGCAGGCGGACGCGAGGCUGUGCGAGCGGCACCGGGAGAAGCUGCACUACUACUGCGAGGACGACGGCAAGCUGCUGUGCGUCAUGUGCCGGGAGUCCCGGGAGCACAGGCCGCACUCGGCCGUCCUGGUGGAGAAGGCGGCCCAGCCCCACAGGGAAAAAAUCCUGAACCACCUGAGUACCCUAAGGAGAGACAGAGACAAAAUUCAGGGCUUUCAGGCCAAGGGCGAAGCUGAUAUCCUGGCUGCGCUGAAGAAGCUCCAGGACCAGAGGCAGUGCAUCGUGGCUGAGUUUGAGCAGGGCCACCAGUUCCUGAGGGAGCGGGAGCAGCACCUGCUGGGCCAGCUGGCGAAGCUGGAGCAGGAGCUCACAGAGGGCAGGGAGAAGUUCAAGACCAGGGGCGUCGGGGAGCUUGCCCGGCUGGCGCAGGUCAUCUCUGAGCUGGAGGGCAAGGCGCAGCAGCCGGCUGCAGAGCUCAUGCAGCCCUCAGUGAUGAAGUCUCAGAGGACCAGCGGGUGGAAGAGUUCGUCCCAGGCCGUGAGGCAGAUCAGGAAAGUUGUUGACAUAUACUGUCUCAGAUUUAUCACCAGUCUGGAACUGGCUUGGACUUGUUUUGAAGGACCAAGGAGAAGGGCAACAAGUCUCUGGGCAGUUGCUUCAUGGUGGCACAUUGAUGUAGCUCUCACCUGUUUGAUGGCCUCUCGGGAGCAAGACCCCAAGUUCUUCCUGAAAUUUGCUGAAACAGUCCGCUGUAGGCACAACUCGGACACCAGAGACUUCUUAAACAGGUAUCCACGGAAGAAGUUCUGGAUUGGGAAACCCAUUGCUCGAGUAGUUAAAAAAAAGACAGGAGAAUUCUCAGAUAAACUUCAGUUUCUGCAGCGAGGCCUACGAGAAUUCCAGGGGAAGCUGCUGAGAGACCUAGAAUAUAAGACCGUGAGUGUCACCCUCGACCCACAGUCGGCCAGCGGGUACCUGCAGCUGUCGAAGGACUGGAAGUGCGUGACCUACAGCGGCCUGUACCAGGGCGCGUACCUGCACCCCCAGCAGUUUGACUGUGAGCCGGGGGUGCUGGGCAGUAAGGGCUUCACCUGGGGCAAGGUCUACUGGGAGGUGGAGGUGGAGAGGGAGGGCUGGUCCGAGGAUGAGGAUGAGGGGGACGAGGCGGAAGAAGGGGAGGAGGAGGAGGAAGAAGAGGAGGCCGGCUACGGGGACGGAUACGACGACUGGGAGACGGACGAGGACGAGGAGUCGCUGGGGGAUGAAGAGGAAGAAGCGGAGGAGGAGGAGGAGGAAGUUCUGGAAAGCUGCUUGGUGGGGGUGGCCAGAGACUCGGUGAAGAGGAAGGGAGACCUCUCCCUGCGGCCGGAGGACGGCGUGUGGGCGCUGCGCCUCUCCUCCGCCGGCAUCUGGGCCAACACCAGCCCCGAGGCUGAGCUCUUCCCAGCGCUGCGGCCCCGGAGAGUGGGCAUCGCCCUGGAUUACGAAGGGGGCACCGUGACUUUCACCAACGCGGAGUCACAAGAACUCAUCUACACCUUCACUGCCACCUUCACCCGGCGCCUGCUCCCCUUCCUGUGGCUCAAGUGGCCGGGAACACGCCUCCUGCUGAGACCCUGAGCCCCAGCUCCCGGCCCCACACCCACUGACGCUUCUCUUUGGAAUUCUGGGCUCUGACGGGAGGGGAGGUGUCUGGCCGGAGCACCUGGAGAAGGCGAGGGAAGGGGCCCCAUGUCUGCUGCCGUUUCCUCCCUGUGGCCCCUCUGGGACCUCUUUCAGUGCUCUUCCAUCCAUCCUGCCCUGGGGUCUUCUCUCUGCCCCGGGGUUCCUGUGCUGACUUCUGACCCUGAAGUCCAGAAGGGCUCCUCCCUCCUCCUCCCCACUGCCUUUGACCCAGCUCUGCCCUCCCUCAUCCCAAAUGGCAUCCCUUGCCAGCUGUUCUUGGGAAAGACCAGUUGACUAUUACCCCCAAGGCCAUUUUACUGCCCUCCAAUCCCAUGGCUUCUGCUUUGCCCAAAUCCCCUUCUGCUGCCUGCCUCCGUAGCACUUUGGAACGCCUACCGCCACCCCAACUCAGAGUUAAGUGUACAUGAAAAUGUCCCAGGUCGUUUAAGCCACCUGGAGUGCAAAUAGAAAGCCUCUCCUCGUAAGAUGCAGGGCGAAGUCCAUGUUUCUGUGAUAUCAGGGCUGAGGUUUCCAUCACUAGGAGGCGGGGCUCCCUAAAGCCAUCUGUUGCCUCAGGGGAAUGAAUCUAGGUACGUACAUCUUUGGGGUAACAGUGGGGUUGGUGGUCGGUAAAUAAUCUCUGUGAGUUGGUCCUUAUGAGGAAAGUCUCUUAAAGAAUCCAGAAUACCCUGCUCUUGGUUGGUUCAUAUAGAAGCACCAAGGCAAAUAUUCAGUCAAACAAAACCUCCCCUGCCUUGGAAGCCCUGGUGGGUGCUGCAGCGGGAUAUUACGCUUCUGUCACUAGCUCCUCUCAAUAUCCAGGUCCCAUUUUCCUAGGAAUGGGGCUGUGAGAAGGGCAGCAGGGGUCCCCGGCAACCCACCAGGUCUGCAUGUCAAGAGAGGUUUCAGAGCAUAUCCUCAUUGCCCACAGGCCCAACCCCCAGUCCCCACCUCUGUCCAGGCUCUGCUUGUGCCCACAGUUUAGCACAAGCUCGUGCUCCAGCCAGAUUACCUCGCAGCCUUUAUUCUUAUCCAUUCCAGGCAUUCUGCCAAUCUCCUGCUAACUAAUUUUAACCCCUCCGCUGCUCUAGGAGACUGUUCCCAGCUGCUGUGGAUCUCAGGGUCUCUUAGCUGCCACAUUGUCUGAAGUUGCGCUCUUUGUAUGUUUCACAUGCUGCCUGAGUCACAUGUACAUUCUGAUUUCUGCCUCUAGUUUUGUAAGCUCAUCGAGGACGGAUACCACGUCUUCUGCUUCUCUUGUAUUCUCCAUGACACCUAGUUCAGUGCUGCGCACAGAGUAGGUGCUCAGUAAAAACUUGUUGAAUGAA